UUAAGAAUCUUCUUCUUCUUCGUCUCUUUGUUUAAAUCCUCCGUCCUUGUUCUUUCUUGAAUCAAAUCAAUGGUCCCAAUCAAAGUUGGCGAUGUUAUUCCUAACGGAACUUUAGGUCAAUUCGACUCUGAGGAUCAACUCCAGCAACUUUCAGUUCACUCACUUGCUUCCGGUAAAAAGGUUAUCAUCUUUGGUGUCCCCGGUGCUUUUACCCCUACUUGCAGCAUGCAGCCUGUACCAAGUUUCAUUACCAACGCUGAAGAAUUAAAGUCGAAGGGUGUUGCUGAAAUUUUGCUUGUUAGUGUCAACGACCCAUUCGUGAUGAAGGCAUGGGCAAAGACUUACACUGAGAACAAGCACAUUAAGUUCCUAGCAGAUCGAUCAGCAGCCUACACCCACGCUCUAGGUCUCGAACUUGACCUUGGUGAAAAGGGGCUUGGAAUUCGUUCUCGCAGAUUUUCCUUGUUAGUUGAUGAUCUGAAAGUCAAAGUUGCAAACAUCGAAGAAGGUGGAGCAUUCACUGUUAGUGGUGCAGAUGAAAUACUCAAGGUCCUCUGAACCUCUAUUUGUAAUAAGCAGCUAUCAUUUCUCUAGACACUCCAUUUAAGUCUGGUUGCUUAAAGAAUGAACUUUCUUUUCAAGAGCGGAAGAAAUUAUUAUGUUGAUUAAUUUUCUCUAAAAACAAAAUCAGCCUAUUAAUUAGUAACGGAGGAAGUACUAUAAUAAAGAAAGGGGUCUUUUCAAGGGAUCGACAGGAAAUGACAGGAAAUGACUAAGUAGUCCUAGUCCUUCCGUAUUUUUUUCUCUGUUUCUUUCAGCUUUCGAUAGCUACGUCUUUUUUCGUCCUAUCUAUUUUCUCCUCUCUUCCUCCGCCCUCAAAUGACAUAGAAAAUAUGAGGUAAUCGAAUACCUAUCUGAUCUUCUCAUCACACUUACUUCUAUCACAAAAUUUCCCCAAUCUACUUUCACAACGAGAAUCGAAAGAUAUAACAACAGGUUGAUAUCACAAUAAAACGAAUUUCCCUAAUAUAUUUUGUCUUAAUUUCAGAAGGGGAAAUCGAAUUUCUUUUCUCUUAAUAUCAGAAGGGGAAAUUUACCUAUUUUACGUUGUGUUGAUGUUUAGUUCAAACGGAAACGACAUCAAAUAGAAUUGAGCAAGAGAAGUUAAUGAAAUUUAUACAGGGUUGAGGAAUUCAGGUGAGGGUUACAAGUCAUUCUUAUUUGACUACUUCAUAGUAUUGUUGAAAUGCUGACUCUUUCUGCGUGCUUCCCCAUUUAUUUGAAUUUGAUGUGUUUACUCUGCAUCCAACCACUUUAUACCAUGUUAAUAAGAUGAUAGGUGAUAUCCAGCUUAGUUGAUGCUUUUCAUAGUUUGGAAAGGGGAGCAGAGAUAGGCACCAGGAAGGGAUGGUUAAUAAAUCAGUUGGCAUUCAGUAAUGUAAAAGAAUGCAAACCAAACAUACGCAUGCAAUAAGAUACAUGUGCAAUACUCAUACAGAUUUGGUUUCAGGCAAGUUUGUUGACGACAUUAGUAUGAGUAUAUUAAAGACACUAAAUGGGUCAUAGAUUAUCUUCAAUAAUGCCUGCAAAACAGAAGACAAACUAUUGGAUCAGAAUUGUAUUCGGUUAAUAAAAGUUAAUUGAUACCAGAAUGGAUGGCACUCAACAAUCCGAUCUCUGUGCUGCGGAAGCCUUUGGGUAGAAUGAGUAGUGUGAUUGCCUUUUCAGUUUGAAAUAAGUGAAGACAGUUAAAUUGCCUCUCUUCUUUUUUGAGUUGUUCCUGCAUCGCACCUGUCUCCGGCUGUAUCAUGUAAAUAAAAUGCAUAAGGAAGGCAAUAUAUAUGUGUAAAUGGAUAUUUGUUGUUGAUAAAUAAUUGAAUAAAAAUUUGAUUUCAAUGUUUA